GCGGCGUUCCAGCAUUAUCGCUGGAUUGCAGUGAAUAUCGCGAUUAGAUUCGCAUUGGCAGCCGCAGCGGGAUGGAGUCGUGGCUGAAGAUAUCGUGGGUAUUAUGCAUAUUCGGUUUCCUGCGCGAGAUCCGUCCCUCGGAGCCUUAUCACGCUGAGAUAUUGAUGAGUGACUGGUAUCAUGUCACCCAGGAAGAGAUCAAUCGUUCCGUCUAUCCCGUGGGCACCUACUCCUAUCUGGCUCUACAAAUCUUUGUGUUCCUCAUCACAGACUUUCUCAGAUACAAGCCUGUAAUCAUUGCCAAUGCUCUGACGGGCAUCUUAGUCUGGAGUACGCUGCUUUGGACCACAACGCUGACGGGGCUGCAGGUGGUUGAAGUUUUCUACGGCUUCUACCAGGCGGCAGAAGUGGCCUACUAUGCUUACAUCUAUGCAAAGGUCGAUAAAAAGUAUUAUCCGCUUGUGACCUCCUACACCCGGUCGGCCAUGUUCGUGGGAAAGUUGGUGGGUGGUCUCCUGGCGCAGCUCAUGAUUGGCAUGCAUUGGAUGGUCUACCGACAGCUCUACAUCAUCAGCAUUACAAGUCAAGUGUUGGCGCUGUUUUGGUCGUUCGGUUUGCCAAAGGUCGAAAAGAGCCUGUAUUUCCAUAGCCAAUCUGGAGCUGGGAAAGAUGACACAAAGUCCGAUGCAGCAGUCAUUGAGAAUGGAUCACAAAAGCCAGAGGAAACGGUGGAAAAGCCUUCACCUGCCACGAAGCAAAGCUUCCAUGCUUUUCAGCUACUGUGGACUCACUUCCACAGCGCCUACACAAAUCCCACGGUCCUGCAGUGGAGCCUAUGGUAUGCCAUGAUACUGGCAGGCUUUCUCCAAAUAAGCACCUACAUGCAGGUGGUGUGGAAGUCCUACGAUGAGCCAACUAUUGCAUGGAAUGGAGCCGUGGACGCUGCUUUGACGGCCCUUAGUGCUGUCUUCUCACUGCUCGCGGGCUACUUUCCUGCGAGUCGCCUGAAGACGCGCACCAGCUUUCUGACCAUAGCUGUGCUGUCGGUACUGCAGGGUGGCUGUAUACUGCUGUCAUCAUGGACCAGCAAUAUAUACUACUCCUAUUUGGGCUAUGUGCUCUUCGGCGGUUUAUUUGCUUUUACCAUAACGGUGGCCAGCUCUGAGCUGGCUAGCAGCCUGGUGGAGGACAGCUUUGCCUUGGUCUUUGGCUUCAACACUUUUAUUGCGCUCCUCUUGCAAUGCAUCCUGACAUUUGUGGUUGUUUCGGAAAAUGUCAAUCUCAAUUUGAACGUAUUUGAACAGUUUACCGUUUAUGCCUUCUAUUUUAUGGUAAUUGCCAUUGUUUACUUCACAGUUGUUGUAUUGCAGUGCGUUUGGUCUGGCGUGAAAGGCCCGAAAACAAAUAAAGAGGUCGUAAAUUGAU